GAGCUGCUGGCGGCGCACCCGGAGCCCGCGGUGAAGAGCGCGUGCCUCGGGGCGCUGGCUGGCCUCAACGUUUCCCAGAGGGCCGCCAGGCAGGCCUUCGGAUCCCUGAUCAGCGCGCUGCCCACCAUGCUGAACGGCGUCACCGACGCUCGCGGCGGCCAGGAGGGCGCCCUGGCCAUCGAGCUGCUCUCCUGCGCCCUGCGGCUGGCCCAGGCGAUCCCCAUAGGCAAGGGUCGCUACGCUCUGGAUCUGCAGCCCCUCACCCACAUCGUGGUGCACCACAUCUGCAUGAAGGUGCUGGCCAGCCCAUCGCAGUUCUCCAGCGCCGCGCGCUACUGGCGCCUGGCCGCGCUGGCGCUGCGCUGGCUGCGCCUGGCGCUGCGGGGGCCCCUGCCGCCAGUGGCUUGCACGCAGGUUUGCGCCGCGCUGCUCGAGCCGUACGCGGACAGCGGCGACGGCGUCGCGCAGGUGGCCGCCUGGACCGCGGCGGGGAACGCCACGGCAUACGCGUUCCGGUGCAUGCUGACGCUCGACUCGCCGCUCUUCGCGCGCGUGAUGCACCUCGCGCUGCUCUGCGGCCACGGCGUGGAGCACCUCGCGGAGGGCCGCGGCUGCGGCGCGGCGGGGCCGUCCAUGCGCCAGGCCGCGAUGGUCGGCAUGGACGUCCUCCGCAUCCUCUUCCAGCGCGACACUCUCUUCUGCGCGCUGUACGGCCAGCAGGCCACUGAGCGCGGCGCCGGCAUGGGCCCAGCGGGGCUUGACGCCGGGGACCUGCAGCUGACCCACCGCCCGCUGCUCGGCGAGUUCGGGUUCGAGUACCCGCCCUCGGAGGGGGGCUUCGCCGCGGCGCCCGCCUCGCUGAACCCCUUCGCGGCCAGGCGCCCAGGGCAGGGCGGCGCGGCGGCCCCGGCCUCGGCCCUGGCGGGCGGCGGCGCUGGGCGGCGCGCGAACCCCUCGUGA